GGCUUGAUGUUCCGGAACGAUCAGCGUUAGCUCACCCUGAAACGCGCCUCUUUCUUCGCAGAAUGUUCCAAUGCCCAUCACGGACGAGAAUGCCGCGCUGAAUGCAAUCGCAGCUCUAGACGCCCUGACGACAGAGCAACUGGACGCACUGCAUGCGAUCAACGCCAUCAUCAACAUUGGGGAGCCGUUUGUUGAUAUUUGCGAGCUGUUCGGGUACUACGAUAAGCUGUAUUUCAGGAACCCCCUGGUGCCACGAGUCGAGGCGAUCUGGUCGCCACGACUGACUCUAUGUGCUGGUAUCUGUGAUCUUUCAAAAUAUCCCUCGACCGACAAGUUCACGCGCGUUCGCCUGAAGCUGAGCACGCCUUCGUUGCAGUAUCGUCCGCGUUCUGACACGACCAACACACUCCUGCAUAAGGCCAUACACGCUUAUUUCUUUAUCACGAUAUCGUGUAAACACUCGAGGAAUGACGAUAGGACCGGUCAUGUUGCAGGCUCCCAGCCACUCGCUGACACCAUUAACAACCACGGCAACUACGAGGUUACCAUCUAUCAUUCGUUCCACGAUGAGGUGGACAGCUACCGAACGCACGUUUCGCUGUGCGACGGACCGUGCAAGACGCAGCCACUUUUCUUUGGCCAAGUAAAGCGUAGCAUGAACCCAGCGCCUGGUAAAACAGACGCCUGGUGGGCAAGACACGAAUCUGAAUGUGGAGGAACGUACACGUAGAUUGGUGAGCCUGAGCUUACGAAGAAGCAGCUCCAGAACCUGAGCGGUAAGGAGAGAGCUGGACGUCAGAAGAACAAGCUUGACAGUUGGAUUACAAAAUCAAGGAAGAAUGGCGGUGCCGACAUGAUCGAUACUCCGGGUAAAGAGGGUGAAACCUCCUCCAGUACAACAAUCAAGGACGCUGUAGUCAGCUCUAGCGCAGGUGAGAAACGGCCGCUCAAUAUAGAGGGCGACGACGACGCUAUAAUUGUCGAGAAGAAAGCUCUUGUUGAGUGUCCAAUCUGCACAAUGCACGUCGCGGAUACGGAGAUCAACGAUCACCUUGAUGCGCUGCAUCCUUGAGGCUUGAAGUAGGCUGGCGGAUGGGUAGGGUAUGCUUUUUUACGUUUUGGCUUAUAGCUUCUUAACUAGCAGAG